UAAUACCAUCCUUUUUUUUUUCAGAUAACUACGUCAUGGGGGAGCCGGAGCAGGUAAUAGCUGAACCAGAUGAGCAGGAGUUGGAGGGACUUCAUCCACCUACCCUUGAGCAGAAGAACCCAACACUGGUCACUUCUCUUGUUACAAAGGUGCUAUCAUUUCUGAUUGGCUAUGGAUGGUAUGUAGUGGGCUUCAUGUUGGUCGGCUUUAUUGCCUGGAAUCACUUGGAACCUAAAAUAAAGAGAUGGCUGAAAAAGAGAGAAGAUGAUCAAGAAGCUGCAGAAUACCACAAGAACCCUGACAUCCUGCUAUCCAGACACCAGGCCCUUGAUGCAGCUCGGCAGAAAAUGCAGGAACAGUACAAUAAGGUUGCCAGUGACAGCUUAGAGAAGAGGAAAGUGAGGGAGGAAAAGAUGAGGGAAGAUAAAAUUGCUGAGUGGGAACGCAUGCAGUCAGGUAAAGGGAACAGACUGAAGGACAAAAGCAGUGCCUCAGUCAGUGAUACCAAGAAGACCAACAGCAGCAGUGCCAAAGACAAGCCAGCAGCAAAACCAAGGAUGAGGCCAGAGUACAAUCCUCUAACUGGAGACGCUGGGGCGAGUAGCUGCCGGUGGAGGCCUACCAGUCGGGGUGCAUCUGGUGGCGGAUGAGGUUAAAGCUUGUACACAUCUUUCCUUGGCCUGUUGAGUGGACCCAGCUCUUGUGUGGCAAUGAUUUUUUUUAGCUUUUUUUUUCUUAUUAUUUGUAGUUCUUAGGUUACAUUCCUUUUGCUUACUGAUGCAGGAUAUUAGUGUAUUAUGCACACAUUUUGAUAUCUAAUGGAUGUUUUUAGUUGCACCUGGUAUGUGUUUGUAUUUACAAAGUAUCAAGGCUGGAAUCCACAUUCAUGGUCAGAUGAGAAAGUGUGUACAUCUUUGUUGGGUUGGAGUACUGAAUUGUUGAUCUGUAUACCUUUAAAUGUAUUAUUGCUCAUCAAUAUGUACUCCAUAAUCUUGGAAUCAUGCUCUGUUUGGUCAGGAUUUAUGAAGCUUUGAACCUAAGUAGCAACAAGCUAGGGUUCAUUGUGGAAGGUUAUUCUGACCACCAGGAGUUGUACAUUACCUUCCACUUCUCUUGUUGGUGCUGUUCUUAUUGUGCAUGCAAAUCUUAACAUGUAUGCCACUUUCCACUUAGCUUCUGUCAUUCUCUUGUAUUAACUCUAAAGUGGUUCAUAGCAUCUCUGUGUGGAGGAUAAUGUGAACUCUUAGGAGAGCCUCUGAGAAGUAGAGAUAAUACAUGUAUUGUACUCACCUACACCCAAUAAAAUAUUUGUCAAAGUAAA